GCUCGGGUCCUGCUUUACAUGUUAAAGAUGGCCGAGGUUGAUGAUGGGGAGCAGAAAACAACAGACAAAGAUCACUUGCAAGUGUUAAAGGAGCUGGUAGAUGAUCUUUACUCCUUUAGGGACCGUUACUUUGAGACACACAGUGUUGAAGAUGCUGGUAGGAAACAGAAUGAUGUUGCUCAAGAAAUGGCAAAGACACUUAAGAGACUGGAAGAAAAAGAAGAUUUGUACAAACACAGCGCUCAGUUCCUGCUGCAACGGGGUCGGUGUCUGAACGUCGCUCCGGGGUUCAGUCAGACUGCAGAGGAGUGUCUGUCCCGGGCUGUUAAACUGGAACCAGGUUUGGUUGAGGGCUGGAACACUCUGGGAGAGCAGUACUGGAAAAAAGGAGACCUGACAGCGGCCAAGACCUGCUUCACAGGUGCACUACAGCAGAGUAAGAAUAAAGUGUCUCUGAGAAGCCUGUCUAUGGUGCUGCGACAGCUGCCACCAGAAGAAGAUGCACAGGAGCAGAGCAAACGCAUUCUGGAGAGCGUGGAGCUGGCCAGGCAGGCCGUGCAACUCGAUGUCACUGAUGGGACUUCAUGGUAUAUUUUAGGGAACGCGUAUAUCUCCAUGUUUUUUACCAGUGGACAAAACCCACAGCUCUCUCAACAAGCCCUCAGUGCCUAUGCACAGGCUGAGAAAAUCGACAAAGCAUCCUCAAUGAACCCUGACCUCCACUUCAACAGAGCUACGUUGUUUCAGUAUGAGGAGAUGCACAGCUCAGCUCUGGAUGGAUACAGCCGUGCUGCAGCUCUGGAUCCUGGCUGGGAAGAUGCUCGGGAGAGAGCAAAACAGCUGCUAAAUUACCUAGACCAGGUUACAAUGUUAAUGGAGAAUAAGGGAAAAGUAAAAGCUCGGCGUCUUCGCAACAUGCUCUCCUCACUCAGUACCUCCGCUUUGGGCCCGUGCUCCUCCCCUCAGUUCCGGUCUCCCUCAGGCCGCGUGGGGAGCCUUGAACCCCGCAGCUUAUCCUCUCUCACUCAUGGCCACAACGGUGGGGUGGCAGCGCUAGGAAAAGUGGUCUUCAGCCUGGCCUCAGAGGGCCGUAUGGCCUUCACAUUUGGCAUGGUGGACAGUGAUGAGACCUGUUGUGUAGUCAUGGUGUAUAAUACAGCAGACAGCUGGGGUGUUUUAAUAGGCGAUACUGUAGUCAUUCCUGAACCACAGGUUAAACGGCACAGCGUAACACAUAAAGAUAAGUCAUAUGACUUCCGAAGUAUACGUGUGGACUCUCCCUUGCUCCUUAUAGUCAAUGGGAAAAGACAGGUGAUGAAAAGCCAAAGUGCAGCCUUUGUUACUUACAAACCACAAAGUGAAUGAAAACCCAGAGAGAGGACGUACAGUGAGAACACUGAGAUCAAUGAGGGUAGUGUUUUUCCAGUUUGUAUAUAUUCUGUGCUGUUCCUGUUUGUGAGGACAGGAAAACUCUUUGUACAUAUAUUUUUUUUUUCAAAUCAUUUCCCUUUUUUAAUUUUCCACUUGUUUGUUGAUUGGUGUCAUUGUUACGAUUGUGCUGCGGUCUUUCAUAUUUGGGUUGUGAAAAUGAAAAAAUAAAUAAAUCCCAGUCUUACUCUGGUCAGUUUGG